AUGAAGGUGACGGUGAAGUUUGCUGAAGGUAAAGCGGUCAAAUGUGAAGUGAAUGAGAAUGAUGAUGUUGACAAGCUUAAGGAGUUGGUGCGGGAUGAGAAGGGCUUCGAAGUGGAGAGGCAGAGGUUGAUAUUCAAAGGGAACCAGUUGGACGGAGGCCGAACCUGGACGGACUACGGCGUCAAAGGAGAGGACGGUGCUGUUCUGAUCUUCAGCCUGGAGGGUGGCGGUGUGCAUCCUCGCAGGCAAUUGCAGAUUGAGGAGGAGGAAGACUUGAGCGGAAAGAAGCCCGGCCCAUUGGCUAGAAGCGUUCUCGCGCUCCAUCUUCACAAAGAUUACCUUUUCGCUGGGACCUCUUCUCGGUGUCUUUGUUGGAACCUUGCUGAUGGUGACCUCCGACGGGAGUUCCAUUUGCCCAGUUCGGAUCAGCCAGUGGCUGCCAGCUCAUUGGUGGUAGUGCCCCAGGACUCGGGCUUGCAGCUGUGGACUGGGUUGGAUGUGGGCUCAGUGGCUGUUUUUGAGCUGGAAACAGGUUGGGACCUGCCCGGGAAAAAUGCUGGGCAUGAUGAUUGUACCUGGCGCGUCACCAUUUGGGACACAGACUCCUUCAGCUGCUUACAGAAGUACCCUGCGGAGUUGAUGACGUGUGGUGCUGAUCUCAGCGCCAUGGGUGCAUUUGACAUCCCCAGCAUCAGCAUGUCGCUCUUGGUGCUGGCGGGGGUGGAUGGAUCUUUGUGCUUGCGACGCAUCACACGAAGGGAAGACAGGAAGCUGAACUGUAUCUUGCUUUGGUAUCUGGGAGCUGAGACCGGCUGCCCUGCCACCGCCCUCGACUUUCACAAAGCAAGUGAGACCAUCCUUUUGGGUGAUGCAGAAGCUCUGCGGCAUUGUGCGGAUGUGUCCUACGCGAGUAUACAGGCAUUGCACGUAUCAGCAGCGCGAUGA